UAUAAAAUGCACCUUUGAAACUUUUAACUAAAUUUUCCAUUUUUAUCUUCAAAUAUGAGUUUUUAAUUGGUUAUUUAUUAUUGAUUUUGCCACUUUCACUUAUUUGGCCAAUAGUUGAAUUGUGUAAAUAUCAAGUGGUGAUAGGCAUAUUUAGAUCAUAAAUUCAGGCAGGGAAUUUAAAUGUACUGCUAUAGUCUCAGUGAUUUUUUUACUGAUGUUCGGUUAUUUUAAAUGCAUUUUUUACUCGUUUACAAAUUUUAUAAAGAUAUAGAAAUUUUAUAAGCAAAAAUAGGUCUAAUUCUUCUAGAGAUUAUUAGAUAAUCUGAGGACAUCAAUUGUCAACAUAAACAAAUAUUGUGAAUAGAUAGUCACAAUGCUCCACAAGUUGUGUUAAUAUAGAAGUGGUUCACAAGCUUCCUAAUUUAACUUCAGAAUUCAGAUACAUAAAAGCAUCACAGAAAGUUUUUAACUUUCUGCAAUCGACUACAGCAGAUCAAGAUUUGAGUUAGUUAAGUUAGUUAGGGUUUUAGUUAAGUCUAAUGAAAUAUUUAUACAUAGAGAGUAUGUAUCGAUUUUUCUUGCUGUGUAGAGGAAAACAGUAGUCUCAAAAUUAAUUUCGAGAACCGAGAAGAAUUCAAGAUUAUACGAACAUUUCUUCAAAUCUUUUUUCUAUGGAUGAAGGCAAGAAUACUGUAAGAGAGUCAUCCGGGUCUAAACUGAACCUGUAUACCAAGCCCUUUAGAACUCCAGCAAAUGUACCAGCUUUUGAAAGAACCUUGAUCGAUCACGAUAGAACCUUGUUCCUGAAAUUUUUCACUGGAUUCCCACCAAUCUCCAUGGAAGAAAUUCAAUACUACUUUACAAGGCGAUUUGGGAACUGCAUAGAGAGUCUUGACUUACCCGGGAGAAAUGAAAGAGAUUCAGAGUUGGGAAUCAUUACAUUCUCUACAUCACAGUUUCGUUAUGAGUUAAUGGGACAAUCGGAAGAGGUGAUGUUGUUUAUCUGCAGUAAGCCGGUCCAUUUCAUGAGAUCAAGGAGCCUUGAUGGAAACAACAAUCAGAACAAGUAACAUUUUUUGGCUGAUUGUUGAAUUCCAUAUUUGUUUCUGUGUCAAUCGGGUUCAUUUUCAAGAAAUCCAGACAUCCCGAAGGGAACAACAAUCAGAACCUACAAUGUCUUUUGCUUAUAGGAUCAAUGAUGAUACAUUUUUAAAAUUCUUGAUAUUUCUUUGCUUCUUUUUAUUGAAUUCGAAAUUUGUUUCAUACUUUGUGA